UGUAAAGAUCGUGUUUGCUAAGUGUCGUCUCCGUUUUCGUCCUUCACGCAGCAUUUCGAUUGGUCGUAUCUAAUCCCGAUAAUGUGAAAAUUACGUUGUCCAACGCGGUUUCGUAAAACUCCACGAACCAUUGUUUCAAAUGACCAUGACGUAACUGUCAUCAUAUAAUCCUCGCGUAGUGCUUCGCGGGUAGGGGUACGAUUCCCUAGUAGUGUAGCAGCACGCGGGGCACCAGGCCACAACAUGCAAAACGGCCACCAGGUGGGGCUGCAUAACCGGGGCCGCGGGUCAUCUUACCGUGGCAACGGGACGAACAAAUCCCAGAAGGACAGGCUGAAAGGAUGUAUGGGUUUGGUGAACCUGGGGAACACGUGCUACAUGAACUCCGCGCUGCAGUGCUUGUCACACAGCCAGCCCUUUCAGAAAUGGUUCCGGAAAUGCUACCAGCACCCGACGCAGGAGGAGAUGCGAAAGUGGAACAAUCAGAAGAAGCUGGUACAAGAACACGUCGUCAACUGCCAGCGCAUGUGUCUUUUUCUCAGUAGUUUGCUGAAGUAAGGUCUUGCAGAGGGUCCUCGUAUUUGUGAUCCUUCCUGGUCACGUUAGUAUUUGAAAAUUUCGAAAAAAUCAACCUUUCUUCAGGUUCACCAGUUGUAUGAAGUGUUUGAAAAAAACUGGGGCGAAACGUUCAACGGGCGGGCUUGCGAGCCGAUUGACUUCAUUCACACCCUGGGCCACUACAACAACAUGUACCAGGGUUCGCAGCAACACGACACGCAGGAAUUCCUCCGGACCCUACUGGACUGCGUCCACGAAGAGCUCCUACGCGGGUAGUCUUAUCAGUCACAUGCCCUCGGCUUCUAGGCGUUUGUUCACGCACGGCCUUUUAGCAGGGAAACGUGGGGAAAGUAAGAAACAAAGAACCAGGUGAAUUUCUGUUUGUACGUAGUGCUCCUUCGCUUCUAUCUAGCGGAUAAGGAAAGAACUGGAAACGUCGAAAAGUCAUUUUGAAAAAGAAUUCUGAAAAGCCGUGCCAUCUUCUUCUUCCCAAGAGAACAGGGCGUGCUUGACUAUUCCAUACUCUAAAACGCGAAUACCACGGAACGCGCUGAAAUUUUGCCAAGAAGAGUACAACCACCUAGAGUCGCCGUCCACCUACGCCGUCGCACACGCUGCCGGCCCACCCAGCGGAAGCAAAACCCCACAAAGUUAUCGAAACGCGGUAUCCUGAGUAAAAACGUACCCACACCAUAGUUGUCAUGCAACUCUGCAUGCUUAAAUUGUUUCUCAUGCGGAGCCCCAUGAGAAGCAUUUUCUAAUGCGGUUUUGAAAUUUGUCAUGCUCCAAUCAGCGCGAGAUACUAGAUCUGUAAUGCUGCUAAACUAGCUCAAACAGCACUACAAUACGCGGACAAACUUGUCAUGCCAAACAACCAAAGCUGGCUGAUUUGUCUAGCAGAUUCCCCAUCCUGACUCUGGUGUGGGUACGUUUUUACUCAGGAUACGCGGCCGACGACGGGGUGAACCGGUUUCCGUUUUUGCCGCCUAUCACAGUGAAAAGUGCCCCCCACCCCUGGAAUUGCAAAAAUUUGUGAUGCGAAGUUUCCACAUGAAAACUUUUUGUCAUGCAUGAAAGGAGUAUGAAUCUUUCUGAUGCAGAUUUUAGACGUGUAUCGCAUCGCUUGCAUGACAAGCGCCACUCUUGCUGGGGUCUUUUGCAAUACAAAUUUUUGCUAUUCACGACUGAAAACCUGUGAUGCUGAUAGAUGCAAGAGGGCGAAUGUUUCAUUUGGAAAGGUUUGCAAUACAAAUGCUCCCAAGUUCGGGGGUGGGGGCAUUUUUGUUUGUAAUACCGCCUGCAAGAAAGUCCGCAGAUGACUACGAGCAAAACUACGCGCAGGACAUUGUCAAUUCGCCUUCCAGGAAAAAGGUAGUGAUUUAACAUGCUGUCACACCUAGAUAUGAUCAGUUUCUUGAAGAAAGCCUAAAUGUUUUGCGUUCGUAUUUACCACUACAUUCAAGAUCAACCAAAAAUGCCUGCGCAGGCCGUCCCCCUUCAUCACCAGCAAGCAAUGGCGAGCCGCAGCAGCAGCAAGAUUGCGGCAGACACGUCAAAUGAAAACGAGCAAGAGAACCUCUACUGCGAUUCCUCCAUUGUUUCGGAGGUUUUCGGUGGGUCACUGCAGUCCACUAUCACCUGCCUGGAAUGCGGCAACAAGUCACACACGAUCGAACAAAUCUUCGAUAUUUCCGUCCCCAUACCGAAUGAGCCCCUGCCACCCACGCAGGGCGGCGGCCGAGCCGGGUCGCCGGCGGACCAAGGCGGCAAGCAGGCGAGUCCGCUCACAAACUCCUUCUCCGCGGCUCGGGUCGGGUCUAUGCUGCAGAGCUUCGGGAAACAGGUCAUGAGCGCGUUUCACGACCGGGGCAUCGCGCUCGACGACUGCAUUCGGAAGUUUUGCGAGCCGGAGCAGUUGACAGGUAAGAGGUUCUGUAGCGCAUUGAGAUCUUGUCGAAAAAAGCUGGUGGUCCUCCUGAGUGAUGCAGCACUAGUGAGCUUGCAAAAAGUCUCGAUUAUUGUUUCUUAUCGCAAAUGAAACCCAAAGGUACGGAGCAAUACGACUGCGAGAAAUGCAAGAAAAAAUCCAACGGGGAGAAGGUGAUGUAUAUCAAGGAGCUGCCAGAGAUCCUCGCGAUCCAUCUGAAGCGGUUUUCCUACAGCAACGGCUGGUUCGGGAACAAAAACACGAAGCCGGUGAGUUUUCCGAUACAAGAGCUCUGCAUGGCACAACAUUUGGACCCUAACCGCAAGCGAGAAGCCUCCAGCCAGAGUGGUGAUCGCAAAAACAGCAAGAACAAUAACACCAGCGGCGGGAGUAGUAGCUCGACUGCCACCUCUGCCGCUUCUGGCGGCACGAAAUACCGACUGAUCGGUUUGAUUCAGCACUCGGGAAACAUGGGCGGCGGGCACUACAUAGCGUACUGCCGGCACGCAAAAAGGCCGAACGACUGGCUGGAGUUUGACGACGCGCGCGUCAACAUAUCAAAUGAGGAACAGGUGAAGCACGCGGAGCCGUACGUGCUAUUUUACCAGAAGAUUUCCCCCGGCGAUUUUCACGAGGAGGAGAAGAGAAAGUUGAAAGAUUCCUACAAGCAGCUCCAGGACCAGAUCAUGGAUCUGUUGCGUACCUCCGUCGCCGGAGCUUUGUCCGCGACCAACAAUCCAUCGCUGCAAAGUAGUUCUUUUCACCAGGGCGGCGCGAGCAAUCCGGCCGCGCAGCAUAGCCCGCUGUUGGUGGGCACGAGCGCGGCAACGUCCUCGACCGCGUCACCGGGUCUGCAGAGCAGCAAGGUAGUCUCCAUGCCGCAAAUCUACGAGCGGCCGCCACCGGAAUUGGGAAAAGUGGUCUUCAUAAGCCGACGGUGGUAUGUCAGGUGCCGCACCAUGUCAGAUCCCGGACCCAUCGACAACCACCAAUUUCUGUCAGCGCACGGCUACGUGGGCUGCUCCAGAGUAGAGGUGAUCUGCCAAAAGGUAUUGGAACAUUUUCGCAACGCCGGACAAAAUUGAUUUUGCUUCGCAGUGUGUAGCUGCACGAGAAGCGCACUUGGCAUAUGAAACUUAUGUUCUGGAUGGUUGGUUAUGGUUUGUGGAACUCGAUGAAGUUGCAGAAAAAAUACAUACAACAACACCACUACAGUUUAUUCCAAUAGCCGAGGAGGUGUACUACGAGCUGCAGCGGCGGUACGGUGGCGGGCCCUGCUUGCGUUCGGUGAAAAUUUGCGAAAAAUCGAUGCAGUGGAUUAAAGCCUACAAUCAGCGAAAAGUGCAGGAGUUCCAACUCGUCUCGCGGUACGACACGAAAGACACCGGGGACGGCGAAUUUUGGUACCUCGUUGACGCGAAUUGGGUGCACCAAUGGAAGCGGUACGUCAAAUCCGACCCCAUAUCCGACGUGUCCGAGAUGAUCGCACCACUGAAAGUCACGAACUACAGGUUUUUGCUAUAUAUAAGUGUUUCGCUGAUUUCUAUUGGUGCUUGACUUGCGGACGAUGCAUCAUGCCCAAUUGCGUCUCACAUGAUUGGCACCAUCUGUUUUGUGUUUUCUAUUGGAAUUACAUCUUUAUCCAGGUUGUUCGAGCCCCCAACGCAGGAAAACCCUGUCGGCAAGCCGAGGAAGAACUUGAAAGUUAAAUUUGACUUUAUGGGCGUCAAUGCGCGGGUUUGGGCACUGUUUACUCACUUUCAUGGCGUGCUGAACCCCGAUCCAAACGACCAAUCCGCGGUGUGCCGGGUAUAUUUCGUAGUUCAUCUUGAUCUUUUCGAAAGAACCAAAUCACGAUGAAAACAGCGGUCAAUGCUUUGUUGCAGACUACAGUAAUAGCGUAUCGUGCAGAAGGAGUAGAAUUAGAGACGAAAUUCAUGAUACAUUUGGCGAUGCUUUUUCUGCAGGUCGGCCUCGACUGCGACAGUCCCCAGGGGCAGGAAGAAAGCGACCUGCGCCCGGACGAGAUAUCUGUCCCCGAGGACGAGGCGGUGCAGCGAAUGUCGUGGCAGUUUGUGGACGUCUACCACGGCAAUUGGGCCGCGUUCAAGCAGUCGAAAUACUACCGCGAUCCGCCGCCCGUGCCGCCACUGAAUCUCGAAGGUGAGAUACUGGACCACCAGCCGCACUUGAUGAACGGGGCGAGUUCGUCCGGAUCAUCUGCUCACGGGGCAGGGGGAGCGAAGCCGAGCGCUCUCCCCAUUGCAGGCGAAAUCAGAUCGCCGAUGCGCAUGAACGGGUCUAUGUCGUCAAAUGGGGACCGCACUAGUCGUGCGGACGACGUAGAAAUGGCAUCCGCAAGCAAAGGGCCACCCGACGACAGCGACGCUAGCAUGCAGCAGCAAGAUGUUGAGUCCGCGGCUGGUCGCCCAGCAGAGCCGGAUCCGGGGGGAGGCUGAAAAGUGGCGGAAGUAGUGUGAAGCAGUCACGCAAAAUUAGGAAUGCGGUGCAUGCUAAUGCAAGUCAGUGCUGCAAGUGUACUAUCACGUUCAAGAUGAUCUCGACCUCCAACAUUCGUGAGAAAUUAUUUUUUUAUUCUGUCGAAGAGGGCUAUUACCUUACUUUUUAUUGUCGAAGAUUGAUAUCAUUUACGCUUUACACUCAGUUGGAGAUGGACACACAAGAUGUGUUGAUAGAGAUGCCCAAAGUGGACGUCGAUGCGUAAAAGCCAACUAACUGAUGAACAUGAUUGAUUUUAAUGUAAAUUUGUCAGGAAUCUCAGAUCUAUCCACAUUGUCAGCACGUGAGAAAAACUCUUCUCCUUGCUCGAGAACAAGUUGUGAUAUAUCCUUCUUGGAAAGGAAGUUGGAGUUGCCAAUUGCAGCUUGUAGAACUGUCCGCAAGAGCACGAG